AUGCCCAAGGGUCCUCAGACACCACCCCCGCCCACCGUUCCCACGGCCAUCAGGAGCCGCGAGGAAGCCAAGCUGUCUGACGGCGUCGACACCGCGACGUUUGCCUCGGGCUGUUUCUGGGGCACCGAGCACCUGUUCAACAAGUACUACGGGCACCUGCCGCAGUGGAAGAUCGAAGUGGGAUACACUGGUGGCCGUGACGACGCAACCGACCCCUCCUACCAGCAGGUAUGCAGUGGGGCGACGAAGCACGCCGAGGCCGUGCGCCUGCACUACCAGAAGGGAGCGGUCGGGUAUGCUGAGCUCGUUGAGUUCUUCUAUCGGACGCACGACCCUACGACACUUAACUCGCAGGGCCCGGAUACGGGAACGCAAUACCGCUCGGCCAUCUUCUACCACACGCCCGAGCAGCUUGCGACUGCCAAGGCCGUGACUGGUGAGGUGCAGGACAAGUACUUCAAGGGGAAGCAGAUUGUAACCGAGAUCUCGCCUGAGACCAAGUGGUGGACUGCAGAGGAGUACCACCAGAAGUACUUGGAUAACAAUCCUGGUGGCUACGAGUGCCCGACCCACCGCUUCUACUGGUAA